AUGAAUCAACAACCGUUGUAUGCUGGCAAUCGUCAGCCUGCGUCCUUCUCCAAUGGCGAGCGCAACGGCUCGCUCAGCGUCCCCGGUGCACGACCUCCCGAACAACCUGAAUCCAUCCAGUCCCGUGCGGCGCGUUUCGAAGAUGAGAAGAGACGGAUCAUCGAAAGUUGCUUCAACAAGAGAGACCCCGAUGGCAUGCAGCUCGAGUCUUAUAUUACCCAUGUCAAGAUCUACGAAGAUGCUUCUUAUCCCUCGUCGCCCCCUCCCCCCGACUCCCCUGCUGGAAAUAAAAAGAGCAGAGUCAUCCUCGUCGCCGUUCGUAGAUCAGGCAAAGUAAGAGUCCACAAAGCUCGCGAGAAUGCCAACGGUACAUUCUCCAUUGGCAAGACAUGGCCCUUGGAAGACUUGACUCAUAUUCUGUCCUAUGCCUCUCUCGUCCCCGCGACCCGACAGCAGGAGAUGGAGAAACAGUGGGCCACGAACACCGGCUUCACCAUCACUCUUGGGAAGCCUUAUUUCUGGCAGGCACCCACUGCAAAAGAGAAGGAUUUCUUUAUAGCAAGCCUCAUCAAGAUCUUUCGGAAAUACACUGGAGGGAAAAUGCCCGAAAUGUUGGGCUUCUCUGCACAAGAAGUCACCCAGCUGAUCGGUGCCUCGUCGGCGCCUACUCCGACACCCAUACAGAAAGCAACCUUCUCUCCAGUCGUACCACAAGACCGCACAUCGCCUCCGCCUCAGCUCUCACCCCAGCCCCCGGUUCCUGCGAUUAGUGCAGCCCGCCCACAAUCACCAUACGUUGCUCAUCAACCCCCACCAAGCAGGGACGGUAACAGGUUUGUUUCUCAAGAACAAGAUCGUGCAAACAGUGGCCAAUAUCGUCCAUACCCUCGAGAGAGCCAGCGGCCACCAUCCGCCGGCGUUCAGGACCAACCUCCACUCAGAUCCGAGCGGGGAACACCUGUUCGCGAGAAUCCUCGACCGCAACAACCUUAUGGCGCUCAUUUAGCUGCGAGAGACGAUACCCGUACCCCAUCAUUAUCCAGUAUUCAGCAAACACCCAGACCCUCGCUCAGCCCUCAGCCCUCAGUAAACUCACUACGGCCUUCUGAACCAACCCCAGAGCCACCAAGUCACAAGCCCAAUGGAUAUGGAGCACCCCGACCUCUCGGCCAGGGCUUGCCAGGGAAAAGACUCGGACCAGCCCCGAGCCAGGAAUCAUUCCGCAAUGCUGGGGCCAGCGAGUCAUUUGCAAGCUCACGCCCUAGCACGGCGAAUACUGAUCGUAGGACACCAGAACCGGCGCCCAGCCUUCCUGCCCUUAGCUUUGAUCAGCCCUUACCCAACCGCAAGAUUUCUGUACCCUCAGUAGACCUCAAACCACCGCAGGCAGCCACCACAAACAGCCAAAGCAACAGCACUUUCGUGACGCCAUUGGGCACACCAACUGGAUUGAAUGAAGAGACCGAGAAGGUACCAGGCGCAGCCUAUUUUCCUACAAAUCCAAAUGCUCAACCACUCAAACAGCAGACAAACGAGCAGGCUCUGCCCAAGGCCGUAGCUAGCGAGCCCCCUGUGCCACAGCAAACCGUACAACAAAGCAUAACAAACGCACCAGUCACUGCCGAGCCAUCGGAGACUGCAUCUACAAAAACCGAGGAAGAGCACCGCCCUGGUCUCGGUCCAAUGGUGAAGAAAAAGUCUUCAAAGGAUAUUGCAGGACAAUUCCGAAGGGCUGCCCUCGCAGCAGCUGCAUUCCAACCUCGACAGGGCGGAGCAGGUGCCAGAUUAAAGGCUUUGCAAGAUAAGAACUCCAAUGAGCCUGAUGGCAUUACAAGCGUUGUUCCGGCACCAUUGCUAAGAGGCAUGAGCGGCGAUAGUGCGCGAAGCGGAACUCCGGAGGUUGCGACGCCCACCACUGAGAAGGAACAACCUCUGACUCCCAAACCCACCCCUGCUGAGCCAGUCCCUCGUGUGCAGAUUGAAAGGACUGCAACCACUGACAGCGUUACGCGGCCCAGUACUCCCGUAGCCGCUCCGGCGGCGCCGAAGCUGAAAGAGAAACGAGAAGAGUCUCCCGACAAGGCUCGGUCAGGCUCUCCCCAGAGAAAGCGUCGACAAAGGCUGGAGGCAGAAGUCGAGAAGCAUUGUGCGGCAUUGGGUAUUGAUCCGCGGAUACUGGAUGGUCGUGGAGCAGACUUCAACGAACUUUUGACCGAGUUUGGUUGGGAUGGAAGACUGUCCAAUCACAGAAAGGUCGAAGACUUCGAAACCGAAAUUCGUAGAGAAAUUGGCCGUGCACAAGCAAGCGGUUGGUUGGGGCAUGUUGAACAACAAGAAAGCAAGGUGCAGGAGCUCGCCAAAUCGUUUGAUAAAGCCAUUGCCGAGUGCGAAGAGCUUGAUGGUUUGCUCACUCUCUAUGCCCAUGAAUUGGACACUCUCCAUGACGAUAUUGAGUACAUUGAAGCUCAGGGACAGGGUCUCCAGGUGCAAACCGCGAAUCAGAAGCUCCUUCAAAAGGAGAUGGAGAGUCUUCUGACAACACUGACAAUUUCCUCUGGCGAUCUGCGUCCCCUUCAAUCUGCUCCCAUCGACAGUCAUGAUGGUGUUCAAGCAAUCGAACAAUCUCUGACUCUGCUAUACCGAGCAAUGUUAACAAUCGAUCCUGACAUCCGUCAGAAUAAAAUUCGUCAAGCGUCUUCAGCGAACAGGAGUGGAGUGGGUGUCUAUGCCGAUACUGAGAUCGGACAGAUGCGCGCAGUUCGGCAAAAGAAAGAGGAGUACAAGGAAGAGUCACUGAUGUUUAUGAAUCGGUACAACCAAUUCAUGAAGUCAAUGUUCUCGAAUGCGAAGCGACGCGUCAGUGAAGAAAAUAUCUCAACCAACAGCUCUGUAUCGUUGGUGUCUAUGAAUCUCAAGGCGAAUACUACUUCGAGGCAGGAGCUCUGGUCAUACAAUCCGAUCAUGUUAUUCGUACGCGAAGUCAAUCAGUAUGAGUGGUCUUUAUUGAUCCGCAACUACGAAAUUGUUUUCAAGGAAAAUUAUUCUGAUCAAUUCCGUGAUUAUGCAAUGGCAAUGCGGAAGAAUGCCAGAAGGCCAGCGGGUGAAGAACAGGAGAUUCUCUUUACUCAUCAGGAGAAGGAUAAAGCUGAAGAAUCAUUGACCUCUACAGCUGCACGCAAACUGACGGUCAAGCGAAACAGGACGGUCAAAACCAGUGCCUUGCGGCAAUCCAUUGGUGGUAAGCAGGAUGGCAGACCUGAAGCAUGGAAUGUUUUCAAUACUGUGCUUGAGCAACAAGCCGCUGCGAUCUCGGAGGAACAGAACUUCAUUGUGCAAUUCUUCCACCUUGAUUCACAGUCAAACGCAGAUUUUGCUGAGGUUGUACAGUCUCGGUCUCCCAGUCAGAGAAAGCUGCCCAAUCUGCAAUCCAAGCAAUCUUACGAUCCGGAUAGAGAGAUGGCGAAGAUUGUUCAAAAUACCACCGAGGGAAUUUAUUCUUUCUGGCCCAUGGAGAUGCAGAGUCUGGUGGAAUGGGUCCUGAAAUUGGAUCAAAUGCAGGGGGUUGGUGUCCUUCUGGCACUCGAGCAAUGUUUGACCAAGUAUGAGGAAACCAAUCAAGAGUUCAUCAGUCGAACAGUGAGAACACUGCACGAGCGACUUACUGGACUGUUCCACAAGUUUGUGGAGGAGCAGGUUAAAGCAAUCGAAGAGACGAAGGUCAAGGUCAAGAAGAGGAAAGGCCUGAUUUCUUUCAUGAGAGUCUUCCCUGAGUUCAGCGCAGCGGUUGAGGAUAUGCUCCCUCAAGAAUCUGCGGGCCACCCUGCAUCGAUGGAAGUACGAUUCAUCGUUAAUGACGCCUACAUCAAGCUUCUCAAAGCUAUGUGGGAGUCGCUCAAUUUCAUCGCAAAGGAUAACCCAGCCAGCUCGGGAGGAGCGGUCCAUUCAAGUGGGCCCUCAAGUGGUGAUCCUGAGGACAAGGAGGCACUGAAUUAUCAUAUCCUUCUCAUCGAGAAUAUGAAUUAUUUCGUGGAAGAAGUCAAAACACAUCACAAUGUUGUGCUUGAGGAGUGGAGCGAGAAAGCUAGCCAUGAUCAAUUCAUGCACUUGACACAGUAUACUGAUGCCGUCAUGCGAAGACCACUGGGCAAAUGGUUAGAUUUCCUGGAAAGUACAGAAGCAUUGAUGAAGUCCACCGAGUCGUAUGCCAGCAUUGCCAGCAAGCCUAGUCACUCGAGAAGCUCAGCCAAGAAGGUGUUAUCGGCUUAUGAUGCGAAGGAGAUUCGCAAGGGUAUCGAGACAUUGAAAAAGAGAGUCGAGAAACACUUCACGGAUGCCGAUGAUCCGUCCAACUCAAGCAAGACUCUCAUCGCAAGGGUGUUGGAGGAGUGCAAUACACGAUAUACACUUGCGUACGAUCGGAUGAAGGCGGUGGUUGAGAAAGUUUACGAUUCGACACUGGAAAUAGAUUGGCGAAAGGAGGAUGUCGCAGCUAUGUUUAAGAGAUGA